UUUCGGAAAGAGAACAAAAGUAUACGUUGCUACGAAAAAACUCCUACGGUGGAUUCUAAAAUUUAUAAUGGCAUGUUGGGGAGCGCAAAGUCGGACUUUGCGCGGAGGACCUGGCGCACAGCAUCCGCACGUUUUUUGGCGUGGAUGUAUGUGGGGUGCGCUGGGGACUCCGAUUCGAGGUCCACGAAGCAGCCAAUAGGCGGCCGUAGAGAAGUGUAGAUUUUACUUUGGGCUGGAUGAUUUGUUACGGGGUGUAAUGGGCCGGCCGGUGAGAAUCUUGAAGAAUGCGGACAACAGCUUUCCCAAGCCGGGUAACAAGAGUUUAAAGAAAGGAAAAAAUAACGGAGGCUGGCUGGCCUAAAAAUUUUCCGGUGUCUGGAUGUGCCCCACAAUUGGACGGAUUAAACCGUUAGACUAAAGAGAAAUGCGGGGACACAAUGAUUUGUAGCAAAACACUCCGGAGAGCACAAAACGUAGCUACAGUGUAGACAGCCCCUCGUCUCCCGCCACCGCCGCGUAGUUUUAGCGCCAUCCUUGACAGCAGGCCGCUAGGCCGUUUCCCAUUACCCCAUGUUUUCUGAGUGAAAAAAAUUUAUCUACAUGUCUUCCAAAAUUCCUCCCGAGUCUCAAACUACUUUUAGAAUGGCAACAAGCGUCAGUUCGGUGGCAACUCCCGACCGCGCGGGCGACGCCAAAAUAAAAAGAGAGGCUUCUGCGGAGCCCCGUCCCGACACCGACAGGGCCAGCCCGAAUGGCUCUGCCGUGACUCCGGCAACACAGAACCCCAGUGCCAACGCCAACCUCAAGAAGAAGGUUCCGCCCAGCGACCUGCCGCGACCGUACAAAUGUCCGAUGUGCGACAAGGCGUUCCACCGGCUCGAGCAUCAGACCAGACACAUCAGAACUCACACCGGCGAAAAGCCGCACCAGUGCAACUUCCCUGGUUGUUUCAAGCGGUUUUCGAGGUCCGACGAGCUCACCAGACACUCCAGAAUACACACCAACCCCAACUCGCGCAGGAAAAACGCACACAACCCAGACUGGGAGCUCACCGACGCCAUCAAUCAGAGCUCGAGACCUGCAUACAUGAAAAAAUCGAGUUCCACGUCGCGGAUCCCGAAACAAGCCUUGGUGACCGAGUCGAAGCCGGCUGCGAAACAGAAAAAGGACGAGUCCGUGCUGGAGCAGCCCCAGCCGCAGAAGCCGCAGCUGCAGACCGCCAAGUCACUGCUUGACAUCAACGUGCUGGCCACGGCCGCCUCGCAAGAGCUCCAGAACCUCCAGCAGCAGAAACAGCAGGCCCAGCAGGCCCAGCUGGCGGCUGCGGCGCUGGUAUCGGGCCCAUCGGAGCUUCAGUACGUCAAGUCGCUACCCUCGCUCAGCGAGUACUUCCACAACAACCACCAGCAGCCGCAGCCGCAGCAGCCGCAGCCGCCGCCAUCUGUGUCCAGCGGUGCGCACGCACGGCCGCCGCCGCUCAAUUCGCUCUCGACGCUGCGCCUGACGCCGCUCAGAACACCGUCCACCGGCUCGCUGCCCCAGCUGCACUCCUCAGGCUCCGGCUCCGCCACAGUCUACAAUAACUCUGCGUCGUCCAGCAACCUGUCCAGCCUGGCCCGCUCCUUCUCCAGCACAGACCUCUCGUCGGCCGAUCACAGGCUUCCACAGCCGCAGUUCAAGAAAUCCAGGCCCAACUCCCCGGCGAUCCCAACGUCGCCAACGGCUACCAUGAUCGCCAGCAAGGACUCCUCGGCGGCGUUGCACUUGCUGGGGCUGAGCAGCAUGCCUCAGGCGCCAUCCUUGCACCAGCGCCAGGCGACGCCGGACGGCACGCCGCUCCAGACGCCGUCUGUGUCGCCCAAGCUAUAUCCGUCCGCGUCGCUGAGCUCGAUCCCGUCCGGAGUCAAUCUCAACAGCUCGUUGGCCACGGUCUCGUCGCUGAUGAGCAGCUCGCUCAACUCGAAGUCCACCGUCCAGCUGCCGUCGCUGCGGUCGCUCAAGCUGGACCUGCCCGAGGACAUGCUCACCGAGGAGAAGUCUUAAUAUCCGUCUAAUUAGUCGUAUUCAGUUCCUUAAUGCUAUUCUAGAGUACUCUGGGAUGCUCUCUGCCGCACCCUUGCGCUGGAUCACCACCGACGCGGCCGCCGUCGCAAACUCGACUGCCCGGGCCAGGUCUGCGCCAAAAUACAGCUGCGACACCACGGCGCCCAGAAACGUGUCGCCGGCGCCGGUUGUGUCUACCACGCUGCGAACCUUGACGCCUGCCACACUCUCGACAGUCUCACCGCUCUGGAAAAUGCACCCGCGGCCCCCCAGCGUGAUGAUUAGCGUCGGACGCGGGAGCAGUUGGUGCAGAGCAGCAAGCAGGUCUUUCUCGCCGCCAGAACGGCCUGUGAUCUGCUCAGCCUCUCCCUCGUUCACCACCAAGUACGCAACCUUGUUGAGCAGCUCGGGGUCCAGCAAACUUUCCCGCACCGGCGACGGAUUGUACACCACGGAAACGUCAGGCUUGUUGGCGUGCAGCCACUCAAUCACCUUGCGAACACCGGGAAACUCGUUCUGCAGCACAACAAAGUCGCCUGGCUGGGAGUCCUUGAAAUUUUCCGCCAGUUGCUCGUCGCUCGGCUUCAGUUCGCCGUUGGCCCCGGGAAUAAUGAUGAUUCUGUUCUCUCCGGACUCGGUCUCCACAAUGAUGGUUGCACUGCCCGAGCUGACGCCAGGCAGCACAGAAACCAGUCCUGUGUCCACGCUGGCCUCCUUCAGAGCGGCCACCAUUUUUUUCCCGUGCUCGUCGUCACCAACGUUGCCCCACAUGCGAACAUGGCCCUUGGCAACAGACAGUCUUGCGGUUGCAAUCGCCUCGUUCAGGCCUUUUCCACCAAG